AUGACCAGUUCUACAGCAAUCGCUGCUGCUCAGAGCCAUUUUCUGCAGUUUCGUAUCCAAUGGGCUAGCAUCGUCCUGCUAUAUUACGACUAUGCCCUGACUUUUCGCUCCGAAUGCAAGUACAUCUGGCGUGCCGAAUCACGCACCAAACCCUCCACGAUUCUGUAUAUAUUCUGCCGCUAUGCUUUGGUAGCGAAUGUUCUAUACCUGUUGGCUGUGUCUGGGAAGCUGGGAUCAAAUUGCGAUGUCUGGUACAAAUUUAUCGGAGCACUCAGCGUUCUCGGUCGGGCUUCAGUGAUCGCGGUGUUUACAAUGCGCACUUAUGCUGUUUGUGCACAAAGCCGAAUAGUACUGCUAGUGCUCGGUACCCUAGGGUUGACAUGCAUCGUACUUGACUGCCUUCAUGUUCCCGGUCUACGAUGUCAUGGUUCCUCGAGUAUCCAAAUUGCGAACACUCUCUUAUCUAUUCUCGUCUGCGUUUUCGAGUUUACCUCUGCAAGUCUUACCCUGUUUAGAUCCAUACAAGCGCUCAGUGUCCGAGGUAUCUGUCGACGAGAACGAAAACGCACGUUUAACUUCCUUGUUCUUGAGCAGGGUAAUUCCAUCUUCAUCUUCACUACCGCGGCAGUCAUCCUCAACUUCCGUGCCGCAAACGGUUUCCCCCAACGCUUACUCAACGCCUUCACCCUCCCACUCUCCGGUCUCCUCACCGCCCGCUUUCUACUACACAUACGCUCCUGGGAUUCUCGACUUACCUCUGGCUCAAUACCGACCACGACGUCGAUGCUGACGACGCCAGAGCAGGAAGAAUUUGUUUCAACAUUUCAGGCUAUCGAACGAGCGUUGGUGGAUGAUUUUGGAAAGGAUCCCGUGACGAUGAUGGCCGAUGUCGAGUCGAUUGAAGAUGGAGCCCACAUGGAGACGGAGGCUGAAGGGAGCGCGAGGAACGGGACCCAGGGUGCGCAUGACGGUGAGAGCGAAGGGACAUGGGGGAGCUUAGGAGACACCAUGGGAGAUACUAGUCGGAGUCGGAGUCGAGCACGGACAUAUGCUAGUGAAAGUGUUGCGCAGGAAGAGGAGAUUGAGAUGGGUGAGAUUGUGGAACGGGAGAGGAGUCGAAGUCCAUGCCGAGCGCCUGGCUCUGAUUCGUCUCCUCGACGCCGGUUUAUGAGAGGUGAUGCGGACCUCGUCUUAUCAAAAUGA